AUGAUUGGUGCCGGAAGUCGGGACUUCUCAGCUGCCUGCAACCAACUGGAUGCCCACCUGAUGGAAUGCUUUGUUCCCAAUGGGCUGCAGGGCAAUCACACUUCUGUUAUCACUCAGCGCCAGGCAAUGAGGAUGUUUGGCAGCAUCCCUGGCGUCUGCCUGCUAAAUGCCAGUAUUACCGCCAAUCGCCUGGCCAGCAGCCCCGAGUGUGCCUGUGGCCGGAGCCACUUCACGUGUGCAGUGAGUGCGCUUGGCGAGUGUACCUGCAUCCCUGCCCAGUGGCAGUGCGAUGGGGACAACGACUGCGGGGACCACAGCGAUGAGGACGGAUGUAUGCUGCCCACGUGUUCCCCUCUUGACUUUCACUGUGACAAUGGCAAGUGCAUCCGCCGCUCCUGGGUAUGUGACGGGGACAAUGACUGUGAGGACGACUCAGACGAGCAGGACUGUCCCCCCCGGGAAUGUGAGGAAGACGAGUUCCCCUGCCAGAAUGGCUACUGCAUCCGGAGCCUGUGGCACUGCGAUGGUGACAAUGACUGUGGAGACAACAGCGAUGAGCAGUGCGACAUGCGGAAGUGCUCCGACAAGGAAUUCCGCUGCAGUGAUGGGAGCUGCAUUGCUGAGCACUGGUACUGCGAUGGCGACACCGACUGCAAAGACGGCUCUGACGAGGAGAGCUGUCCUUCAGCCGUGCCAGCACCCCCUUGCAACUUGGAGGAGUUCCAGUGCGCCUAUGGCCGCUGCAUCCUGGACAUCUACCACUGUGACGGCGAUGACGACUGCGGAGACUGGUCCGACGAGUCUGACUGCUCCUCCCACCAGCCCUGCCGCUCUGGGGAGUUCAUGUGUGACAGUGGCCUGUGCAUCAACGCGGGCUGGCGCUGCGAUGGUGACGCGGACUGUGACGACCAGUCGGAUGAGCGCAACUGCACCACCUCGAUGUGCACCGCGGAGCAGUUCCGAUGCCGCUCGGGCCGCUGCGUCCGCCUCUCCUGGCGCUGUGAUGGGGAGGACGACUGUGCAGACAACAGCGAUGAAGAGAACUGUGAGAACACAGGAAGCCCCCAGUGUGCUUCAGACCAGUUCCUGUGUUGGAAUGGGCGCUGCAUUGGACAACGGAAACUGUGCAACGGGGUCAACGACUGUGGCGACAACAGCGACGAGAGCCCACAGCAGAACUGCCGGCCCCGGACGGGCGAGGAGAACUGCAAUGUUAACAACGGUGGCUGCGCUCAGAAGUGCCAGAUGGUGCGGGGAGCAGUGCAGUGUACCUGCCACACGGGCUACCGGCUCACGGAGGAUGGGCACACAUGCCAGGAUGUGAAUGAGUGUGCAGAGGAGGGGUAUUGCAGCCAGGGCUGCACCAACAGUGAAGGAGCUUUCCAGUGCUGGUGUGAAGCAGGCUAUGAACUGCGGCCCGACCGGCGCAGCUGCAAGGCUCUGGGGCCGGAGCCUGUGCUACUGUUCGCCAAUCGCAUUGACAUCCGGCAGGUGCUGCCGCACCGCUCUGAGUACACGCUCCUGCUCAACAACCUGGAGAACGCCAUCGCCCUGGACUUCCAUCACCAGCGCGAGCUCGUCUUCUGGUCAGACGUCACCCUGGACCGGAUUCUCCGUGCCAACCUCAAUGGCAGCAACGUGGAGGAGGUUGUGUCUACUGGGCUGGAGAGCCCAGGGGGCCUGGCUGUGGACUGGGUCCAUGACAAACUCUACUGGACCGACUCGGGGACAUCACGGAUUGAGGUGGCCAACCUGAAUGGAGCCCACAGGAAGGUGCUGCUAUGGCAGAACCUUGAGAAGCCCCGGGCCAUCGCCCUGCACCCCAUGGAAGGAACUAUUUACUGGACAGACUGGGGCAACACGCCCCGCAUCGAGGCCUCCAGCAUGGACGGGUCUGCACGGCGCAUCAUUGCCGACACCCACCUCUUCUGGCCUAACGGCCUCACCAUCGACUAUGCCGGGCACCGCAUGUACUGGGUGGAUGCUAAGCACCAUGUCAUCGAGAGGGCCAAUCUGGAUGGGAGUCACCGCAAGGCUGUCAUUAGCCAGGGCCUCCCACAUCCCUUUGCCAUCACGGUGUUCGAAGACAGCCUGUACUGGACAGACUGGCACACCAAGAGCAUCAACAGUGCUAACAAAUUUACCGGGAAGAACCAGGAAAUCAUUCGCAACAAGCUUCACUUCCCCAUGGACAUUCACACCUUGCACCCCCAGCGCCAGCCUGCAGGGAAAAACCGCUGUGGGGACAACAAUGGAGGCUGCACCCACCUGUGUCUGCCCAGUGGCCAGAACUACACCUGUGCCUGCCCCACCGGCUUCCGCAAGAUCAGCAGCCUCGCCUGUGCGCAGAGUCUUGACAAGUUCCUGCUUUUUGCCCGAAGGAUGGACAUCCGUCGGAUCAGCUUCGACACCGAGGACCUGUCCGACGAUGUCAUCCCACUGGCUGACGUGCGCAGUGCUGUGGCCCUUGACUGGGACUCCCGGGAUGACCACGUGUACUGGACAGAUGUCAGCACUGACACCAUCAGCAGGGCCAAGUGGGAUGGAACAGGACAGGAGGUGGUGGUGGGCACCAGCCUGGAGAGCCCUGCAGGCCUGGCCAUCGACUGGGUCACCAACAAGCUGUACUGGACAGAUGCAGGCACAGACCGGAUUGAAGUAGCCAACACGGACGGCAGUAUGAGGACAGUACUCAUCUGGGAGAACCUUGAUCGUCCUCGGGACAUCGUGGUAGAGCCCAUGGGCGGGUACAUGUACUGGACCGACUGGGGUGCAAGCCCCAAGAUUGAACGAGCUGGCAUGGACGCCUCGGGGCGCCAGGUCAUCAUCUCUUCUAAUCUGACCUGGCCCAAUGGAUUAGCCAUUGACUACGGGUCCCAGCGCCUGUACUGGGCUGAUGCCGGCAUGAAGACCAUUGAGUUCGCUGGGCUGGAUGGCAGCAAGAGGAAGGUGCUCAUUGGAAGCCAGCUCCCCCAUCCAUUUGGGCUGACCCUGUAUGGAGAGCGCAUUUACUGGACGGACUGGCAGACCAAGAGUAUACAGAGUGCUGACCGGCUGACAGGGAUGGACCGGGAGACCCUGCAGGAGAAUCUGGAGAACCUCAUGGACAUCCACGUCUUCCAUCGCCGGCGGCCCCCAGUGUCUACACCAUGUGCCGUGGAGAAUGGUGGCUGCAGCCACCUGUGUCUUCGGUCCCCAAAUCCGAGUGGCUUCAGCUGUACCUGCCCCACAGGCAUUAACCUGUUGCCUGAUGGCAAGACUUGUUCACCAGGCAUGAACAGUUUCCUCAUCUUCGCCAGGAGGAUAGAUAUACGCAUGGUCUCCCUGGACAUCCCGUAUUUUGCGGAUGUGGUGGUACCAGUCAACAUUACCAUGAAGAACACCAUUGCCAUCGGAGUGGACCCCCAGGAAGGGAAAGUGUACUGGUCUGACAGCACACUGCACAGGAUCAGCCGUGCCAGUCUCGAUGGGUCGCAGCAUGAGGACAUUAUCACCACAGGGCUGCAGACCACAGAUGGGCUCGCGGUGGAUGCCAUUGGCCGGAAGGUGUACUGGACAGACACGGGAACGAACCGGAUUGAAGUGGGCAACCUGGAUGGGUCCAUGCGGAAAGUGUUGGUGUGGCAGAACCUUGACAGUCCCCGGGCCAUUGUCCUGUACCAUGAGAUGGGGUUCAUGUACUGGACGGACUGGGGGGAGAAUGCCAAGUUAGAGCGGUCCGGCAUGGAUGGCUCAGACCGCACCGUGCUCAUCAACAACAACCUGGGUUGGCCCAACGGACUGACCGUGGACAAGGCCAGCUCCCAGCUGCUCUGGGCCGACGCCCACACUGAGCGGAUAGAGGCGGCUGACCUGAAUGGUGCCAACCGGCACACGUUGGUGUCACCGGUGCAGCACCCAUACGGCCUCACCCUGCUCGACUCCUACAUCUACUGGACGGACUGGCAGACCCGUAGCAUCCACCGCGCUGACAAGGGUACCGGCAGCAAUGUCAUCCUGGUGAGGUCCAACCUGCCGGGCCUCAUGGACAUCCAGGCUGUGGACCGUGCACAGCCACUGGGUCUUAACAAGUGCGGCUCGAGGAACGGUGGGUGCUCCCACCUCUGCUUGCCUCGGCCUUCUGGUUUCUCCUGUGCCUGCCCCACUGGCAUCCAGCUGAAGGGUGACGGGAGGACCUGUGACCCCUCUCCUGAGACCUACCUGCUCUUCUCCAGCCGGGGCUCCAUCCGGCGCAUCUCACUCGAUACCAGCGACCACACCGAUGUGCACGUCCCUGUUCCUGAGCUCAACAAUGUCAUCUCUCUGGACUAUGACAGCGUGGAUGGGAAGGUCUAUUACACGGAUGUGUUCCUGGAUGUUAUUCGGCGAGCAGACCUGAAUGGCAGCAACAUGGAGACUGUGAUUGGGCGUGGGCUGAAGACCACCGACGGGCUGGCAGUGGACUGGGUGGCCAGGAACCUAUAUUGGACAGACACAGGCCGAAAUACCAUUGAGGCUUCGAGACUGGACGGUUCCUGCCGCAAAGUGCUCGUCAACAACAGCCUGGACGAGCCCCGGGCCAUUGCCGUCUUCCCCAGGAAGGGGUACCUCUUCUGGACGGACUGGGGCCAUAUUGCCAAGAUUGAACGGGCACACCUGGAUGGCUCCGAGCGGAAAGUCCUCAUCAACACGGACCUGGGCUGGCCCAAUGGCCUCACCCUGGACUACGAUACCCGCAGGAUAUACUGGGUAGAUGCCCAUCUGGACCGGAUUGAGAGUGCUGACCUGAAUGGGAAGCUGCGGCAGGGCUUGGUCAGCCACGUGUCCCACCCCUUUGCCCUCACACAGCAGGACAGGUGGAUCUACUGGACAGACUGGCAGACCAAGUCAAUCCAGCGCGUUGACAAGUACUCAGGCCGGAACAAGGAGACGGUGUUGGCGAAUGUGGAAGGACUCAUGGAUAUCAUCGUGGUUUCCCCUCAGCGGCAGACAGGAACCAAUGCCUGCGGUGUGAACAAUGGUGGCUGCACCCACCUCUGCUUUGCCAGAGCCUUGGACUUCGUGUGCGCCUGUCCUGACGAGCCUGAUGGCCAGCCCUGCUCCCUUGUACCUGGCCUGGUGCCCCCAGCUCCUAGGGCUACCAGCAUGAGUGAGAAGAGCCCAGUGCUACCGAACACCCCGCCCACCACCUUGCACUCUGCUACCACCCGGACCCGUGCAUCUCUGGAGGAGGCGGAAGGCAGAUGCUCUGAAAGGGAUGCCCGGCUGGGCCUCUGCGCACAUUCUAACGAGGCCGUACCUGCUGCCCCAGGGGAAGGACUCCACGUCAGCUAUGCCAUCGGCGGACUCCUCAGCAUCCUGCUGGUGUUGGUGGUGAUUGCAGCUUUGAUGCUGUACAGACACAAAAAAUCCAAGUUCACCGAUCCUGGAAUGGGGAACCUGACCUACAGCAACCCCUCCUACCGCACUUCUACUCAGGAAGUGAAAAUCGAAGCAGUCCCGAAACCAGCCAUGUACAAUCAGCUGUGCUAUAAGAAAGAGGGUGGGCCUGACCAUAACUACACCAAGGAGAAGAUCAAGAUUGUGGAGGGGAUCUGUCUCCUGUCUGGGGACGAAGCUGAGUGGGAUGACCUCAAGCAACUGCGCAGCUCACGAGGGGGCCUUCUUCGGGAUCAUGUGUGCAUGAAGACAGACACGGUCUCCAUCCAGGCCAGCUCUGGCUCCCUCGAUGACACGGAGACAGAGCAGCUGUUACAGGAAGAGCAAUCUGAGUGUAGCAGCGUCCAUACUGCAGCCACUCCAGAAAGACGGGGCUCUCUGCCUGACACGGGCUGGAAACACGAACGCAAGCUCUCCUCGGAGAGCCAGGUCUAAAUGCCCACGUUCUCUCCUGUCUGCCUGUUCCUUCUUUAUGGACUUAUAGUCCGUGUGCUCGCUUAUACAGCAGGCCCCCUUCCUGUGUGUUCCUCCUCCUCCUCCACUCACCCCAUAACUGCUCCCGAGCCCUCCAAGGGAGCUCUUUUCCACCCCAGUCCACAACUACUUGGGCACAAAAAGUGAUGGCACAUCUCAAGAAUUUUGACCUGGAUUUUACCAUGAACCUCACCUCUUGCACUCCGUGGGGCCCCCUGAAACUGGGCUCAGUACUGAUUCCUUUUCAGUGCACAGCCCCUCCUCCCCUUCCCCGUACCCUUGGUGCCUGCCUGUCCACAGCACUGCGGCAGCUGAUGACCCGAGACUGUACUCUCCCCACCACGCUGGCAUGACUGCUGCUUGGAGAGAACUCGCCCAUCAGGGGCUGGGGCAGGGGGUUGUGGGUAAAGAGAGGGAUGAAGGAUGGAGGCUGAGAGAAGAAGAGUUGGCCCAGCUGGUAUGGGCAUCUGGGAGACCUCCAGCCUUGUGUUGGCAAUUUGAAAAUGCUUCUGGGGGUGGUUGGGCUGGGUGUCCUGUCCAUUGCUGGCAGUGGAUGUUAUUUUCACCCUAAAAGUCUCUACUUUUUGAAUUGCAGACACAGCUGAGAUGAGGGUAUGGCUAAAGCUCUUCUUCCCCCUGCUAGAUUGUCUAAAGCUAUUCUUACCUUCACGUGACUGGAGGCCCCUAUCACAUGGCCAUGGCUAGUAGGAACUUCCUCCUGGUGCCACCACUGGACAGUACUUUUCCUGAGUCUUUCAUUCUGAAUAACCAGAUUAUGAGCCAGUGGCUUGAGUGAAGGUUAGAUCUUGGGGGCCGAGUCUCUACAAUGUCCAAGGAGCUCUGCCUAGGCCAGACAGCAUGCCGCCUGCACUGUGACAGACAACCAUUCAGUCCUUCAUGCUCUGGGACUCUAAGGGAAGAGGUCCUGAGACCAUCUUUCAAAGAAGCACCAGAAGUUUUCACAAAUGGUCAGGAAGAGCAGGAGGCUGAGAGACUUGGGGCACCUGAGGCCUACAGAGAUCUCUGAGGUUCGACCUCCUGUGAGCUUUCUCAGGUGCUCAGGGAUCUCAGUUGGUGGACAGAGAGCCUGCAGCCAUGGGUGGUGAAGUCCCAUUCCACCUCUCUUCUCAGAUAAGGGACUCAUUGCCACGCCAAGCUGCCAUCACUUGGCUGUCACGCAUUCCCACAGCAUGUGUCUUGGGCUAAUGUCAGGGGAGUUGAGGCUUUCUUCUGCUCUAAAACUUCUCCCUUGCUUGUCAUGUUUCGUUUAUGUUUCUGUUUUGGCCUAACUUGCUUUUUCUGACCUAGCCUGGUGGCACCAGCAAUCUCCAAAGUCCUGUGGUGAGGAAGGCUGAGGGAAGAUCAGACGGUGAGCAAGGGGUAGGAAGGUAGAACAAACCAUGGAGGAAGCCCUCCCCACCCAGGGCAGCCCCAGAUUUCUCCCCCCAGGAAUUAGAAGCAGCAGGAGAGGGUGUCAGGGGCUGAGAAUGGAGAGCUGCUUAGGGGAAGUUUCCUGAUUUGCAACAUCUCCCUUGGUUAUUGGUAUUGAAAAAUCAGCUGCCCAACAGGUCGGUGACAUGGUGAGAUCCAUGCUUUUCUGGUCAGUUGUAAGAUUGCUAGAGACGGAGACCAAGCCCUUAGUCCUGUUCUCAGUAGCCAGCCUCAGGUCUGGCCUACGCAUUGCAGCCAGGCCAGGCCAAGAAGGCUUUUCCAGUGCACGGGGUGGGGAAGCAAGGUGCCACUCCUGGGAGGGAAGAAGGACAAUUCGCACUCGGUAAGGGAGUAAAAGAAGGAGCACUUUGGGUCCUUAGACUCACGGUUGGGGAGAGGGAGAGAGUAGAAAAGUGCAUUUCUUUGCUUGGAAAGGGGGAAGGAUCUUAUGGCACUUGGGCUGUUCAGAAUGUAGAAAGGACAUAUUUGAGGAAAUAUCUAUUUGAGCACUGAUUUACUCUGUAAAAAGCAAAAUCUCUCUGUCCUAAACUAAUGGAAGUGAUUCUCCCGCGCUCGAGUGUAAUGGUUUUAACGUCACUCACUGGAGAGAUUGGACUUUCUGGAGUUAUUUAACCACUAUGUUCAGUAUUUUAGGACUUUAUGAUAAUUUAAUAUAAAUUUAGCUUUU